AUGGCUGUUAUCUGGGGCUUGGACCUGCACGAGAUGCAGUGGUCUAAAUUCAGGUCAUCAUACAUGUUCAACAACGUGUACCACCUGCGGAGAUGCAAGAUGAUUGUGUACCAGCUCGCCAUGAUCCUUUGUGUGUGCUCCGAGUCAGUAGGCACAGCAGCUCUGUCAGAUUACGUGGACCAGCAAGAAUUUAUCGAGAAUUUGAACAAUCUGGCCGCAGUGUAUAAUGACGACUUCGUGGGGAUCGCUUCGUAUAAUAUCUUCGUCGGAAUUGCUGUUGCCACUAUUUUCGGUGCAGCCUUCUUUUUCGACCUCUUCUGGCCAGAGCGCCACGAAAGUCGCUCCGUCCGCCUGGCGUGGAAGAUUUGUGCAGUGGCCAUCACUGUCAUGUGCUUUGCAGAUGCUAUUGCUUUGACCGUCAUUGUUGCUACCAGACAUGCUUAUGUUUCGGGAGUCGAUGGAAGCGAGGCCACCCGCCUCCUGGAGGCAUCGACAAAGAAGCCAAAUCUCUACUAUCGACAUAAUCCGAAGGCUAUUGCAGCGGUGGUUCUUCUGUGGCCGGGCAUGAUUGCUACAAUCGGCAGUUGUUAUUUGCUGAUAACGUCACAAAUCCACGACGAUGCGCAUGGUCCUUUCUCUCGGUCCGGUCAAGAGCAACAAACGACCGCACGAGCAAAUGAAGCAGAGGCUCAGCUAAAUGCCGAAAAGCCUGAAGAAGUCUAA